UUUGCAACAAACUAUGGAAUGCCAUCAAAUUCGCUCUCAUGUACUUCGAUGGCAUUACGAAAUACAAGUCAACCUUUGAAUUGGAAUGUUUGAAGCCGGUGUUCUUCAAUGGAACCGAUGCUGAAAAGGCGGCGGCCCAUCAAACCCUGUUCACAUGUUUGGAUGUUGGUUUGCGUUUGAUUUCGCCAUUUAUGCCGUUCAUCAGUGAGGAGCUGUAUCAGCGUUUGCCACGCGAAGGGGGUGGUCCAGUGAGCAUUUGCAUUGCUCCAUAUCCAGUGAUAGAAACAUGCCCAUGGAAGAAUGAAAUAUAUAAAACUGAAUAGUUUGUAUGUAUGUAU